UGUGUGGACAUGGUGACGGAGAUCAGAGGGUUCACCGACCCACAGAAGGAGGAGUACUUCAGGAAGAGAUUCAGAGAUAAGAAGCAGGUCAGCAGCAUCAUCUCCCACAUGAAGAAGUCACGAAGCCUCCACAUCAUGUGCCACAUCCCAGUGUUCUGCUGGAUCACUGCUACAGUUCUGGAGGAGCUGCUGAGAACCAGAGAGGGAGGAGAUCUGCCCAGAACCCUGACUGAGAUGUUCAUCCACUACCUGGUGGUUCAGGCCAAAGUCAAGAAGAUCAAGUAUGAUGGAGGAGCUGAGACAGAUCCACACUGGAGUCCAGACAGCAGGAGGAUGAUUGAGUCUCUGGGAAAACUGGCUUUUAAUCAGCUGCAGAGAGGAAACCUGAUCUUCUAUGAGUCCGACCUGACAGAGUGUGGCAUCGAUGUGGAAGCAGCCUCAGUGUACUCAGGAGUGUUGACACAGAUCUUUAAAGAGGAGAGAGGACUGUACCAGGACAAGGUGUUCUGCUUCGUCCAUCUGAGUGUUCAGGAGUUUCUCGCUGCUCUUCAUGUCCAUCAGACCUUCAUCAACUCUGGAAUCAACCUGCUGGAAAAACAACAACAAACAACCUCCAACAAACCUGAUCCAACAGUUUUCUACCAGAGAGCCUUGGACGAGGCCUUACAGAGUCCAAACGGACACCUGGACUUGUUCCUGCGCUUCCUCCUGGGUCUGUCACUGCCGACCAAUCAGAAUCUCCUACGAGGCCUGCUGACACAGACAGGAAGUAGCUCACAGACCAAUCAGGAAACAGUGGAGUACAUCAAGGAGAAGAUCAGUGAGAAUGUGUCUGUAGAGAGAAGCAUCAAUCUGUUCCACUGUCUGAAUGAACUGAAGGAUGUUUCUCUAGUGGAGGAGAUCCAACAGUCCCUGAGAUCAGGACGUCUGUCCACAGAUAAACUGUCUCCUGCUCAGUGGUCAGCUCUGGGCUUCAUCUUACUGUCAUCAGGAGAAGAUCUGGACGUGUUUGACCUGAAGAAAUACUCUGCUUCAGAGGAGGCUCUUCUGAGGCUGCUGCCAGUGGUCAAAGCCUCCAAGAAAGUUGUACUGAGUGGCUGUAAUCUGUCAGAGAGAAGCUGUGGAGCUCUGUCCUCAGUCCUCAGCUCCCAGUCCUCCAGUGUGACAGAGCUGGACCUGAGUAACAACAACCUGCAGGAUUCAGGAGUGGAGAGUCUUUCUGCUGGACUGGAGAGUCCACACUGUAAAGUGGAAGCUCUCAGGCUGUCAGGCUGUCUGGUCACAGAGGAAGGCUGUGCUUCUCUGGCCUCAGCUCUGAGCUUCAAGACCUCAAAUCUGAGAGAGCUGGACCUGAGCUACAACCAUCCAGGAGACUCAGGAGAGAAGAUGCUGAGGGCUAAAGUGGAGGAUCCAGACUGUAGACUGGAAACUCUCAGGUACAGACAGACAGACACUCUCAGGAAACUAUCCUCCUAGUGUUGCAGGCCAAGCCUUCUCCUUUCCAUCGGUAGGUUUCAGGGUGUGUGAGACGUCAGAGGAAGUGCUGCAGCGGUAGGAAGGAAGAAGAACACAGGCAUGGCAAUUUUCCGCCGUUCCGCGGAAAUCCGCCGUUUUAAUUUUCAAAUUGAUCAUUUCUGUGAAUCGUCCAAAUCCGGUGAGAAAAUUUUAGGGGGGGUGAGGUAUGUUUUUGUUACUCUUGCUCUUACUCUUGCUUGUUUUUUAGGAGCGCUCGGCGUUUCUCCCGCAGCGUAACAUACAAAGAGAACCAGUCUAGCUCCUGCUGCAUUGUAAAAGGCCUUGCGAUUGGUCGAAAUUGGUUAGCUGCCAACGAUUGGACCAAUCAAAUUGCUCGAUGCAUUCUUUUGUUACAAUUCAUGGCGGCAUGUUCGUGUUGGAAUUUUGAGCUAUUGGGAUCGUUUUCGGUGGAAUCAUGAGGUUUUUAUCGAAAGAUCAAGGGUCAUCGGUGCUAGAAAUAGAUAAAAGUGUCAAAAACAAGUUCCGAUGGAAAAAGUAAGUUAACUUUUCAUUAAAUUAACUUAUUCAUUACAAUCUGGUCUUCUGUAAUUCUAUGCAUGUUUUUCAUUCUAAAUUUUACUGAAAACCUCUCGGCUU